AGUUGACGAGGCUCCCGGUGGCGGAUCGAAGGUGGUGGAACGGACGUGGCAGGGCAUUUCUGGAGAUGGAGGCAGCCGCUCUGGUCGCGUUGACCCUGAUCCUGGGAGCGCUGGUGCUUCUGGUGGCUCUGGCCGUCGGACGGAGGAAGGAGGAGAUUCGAGCGGAGCAGACGGCGGAGUUUGCCGCGAACGACGGUGCUGCCAAGGCUUCAGCCACAAAGAAACACAAGCAGGAGAAGCAGCGCGGCAGGAGAGAAAAGGCCGCUCAACACACGUUCAGUCAUCCUCUGUUGGCAGGGUCGCUCAAGAGCCACAGCGGGAAUGUGACCUCUCUGGACUUCAGCAGUAACGGGAAGUACCUGGCGUCCUGCGCGGACGACCGCACCGUCCGGAUCUGGAGCACCAAGGACUUCCUGGAUCGAGACCACAAGUGUCUGCGGGCAAACGUGGAGCUGGAUCACGCCACUCUGGUCAGCUUCAGCCCAGACUCCAGGGCCUUCAUCGCUUGGCUCGCCAAUGGAGACACCAUUCGCGUCUUCAAGAUGAGCAAGAAGGACGACGGCACCAUGGGCUUCAAAGCCGCUCCGGAAGAUUUUCCUCAGAAACACAAGGCCACUGUCAUCAACCUCUGCAUCGCUGAGACAGGCAAGUUCAUCAUGAGCGCCUCCGCUGACACCAGCAUCCACAUCUGGGACCUGAAGGGAGAAAUCCUGGCCUCCAUCAACACCAACCAGAUGAGCAACUCCUUCGCUGCCGUCUCCCCCUGUGGCCGGUUUGUGGGGUCCGCAGGUUUCACUCCGGACGUGAAAGUUUGGGAAGUGUGUUUCACCAAGAGCGGAGAGUUCAAGGAGGUGAUGCGAGCGUUUGACCUGAAGGGCCACCAGGCGGGCGUCCACGCCUUUGCCUUCUCCAACGACUCCAACAGAAUGGUGUCAGUCUCCAAAGAUGGCACGUGGAAGCUAUGGAACACGGAUGUGGAGUACAAAAAGCAGCAGGACCCGUACCUGCUGAAGACCGUGCCCUGCAGCACGUCGGAGGGCAGCCGCAUCGCCCUGUCCCCUGACGGCAGGGUGGUGGCCCUCAGCAGCGGCAGCAACAUCGCCAUGUACAGCGCCGUCAGCGGCCAGCUGGAGGAGGAGAUGCUCGCCGUCCACAGCGAGGACAUCACCGACCUCAAGUUUGACAUUAACGGCCGCUUCUUGGUCAGCUGCGGCGACAAGGCCAUCCGAGUCUUUCACAACGCUCCGGGUUACCGGGCCGCCAUCGCCGACAUGCAGGACAUGCUGAAGAAGUCCAAGAACGAGGGAGUCAGACAGAGACUGCAGCAGCAGAUCGACGACGCACAGAGUUCGCUGGACAAGGUGCUGGCUGUGAACGGAAAAUGAAGCUCACCCGACCCACUCCCUCUGCUGUUUUAAUAAAGACCUUUUUUAUGCUGAACUACUUUGCUUUAUUUUUUCUGGCUGUUGCUUCACUGUGGAGAAGACUUCCUCUCGCUUCAAGGAUGAACGCUGCUCUAACUUCAGCUGGUGAUGCAUCUGGAGGGUUGUCAACAAAGGAAACCAAAUACGUUCAUGGACUUAGUCACGGUAGUCGACUUAAUUUAAUUUUUUUAACCACUCGUUGGAAGUGUUUGAUAAUACUUCUGCAUGGUGCCUUGUUGUCGACCAUUUCUUUUAGUUCUAGAUGUCCAGACAGACCUUGUAAUCUGAUGCAUU